AUGAUAAAACCAGAAAGGAAAUUUUGUGGAGGUCAAAAUAUUUCUUUAGUAUGUACCGCUGUCAUUCGCAAAUUUUACCAGGCACAAUGGUACAACGAUGAUAGUGAAAAAGUCGUAGAUUCUGAAAGAAUACAAGUCACGUUUGAAGAAACUAACUAUACUCACCGUGCUAUUAUGUCAAUUAAUAAUGUGAGUUGUUCAGAUGAACGAGAUUAUUAUUGUUUAGCAAAAAACUCAUUUUACGAGGAAAUUACAGAGAAAUAUUCUCUUAAGAUCAAUGUUCCGGCUCACUUUGUUCGUGUGAACAUAGAUGAUAUUGCUAUAACGCGAUUUGCAAAAGACCCUGAAAAUCCUGUAUAUUUAUCAUGUUAUGUUGGAGGCACGCCAACAUCUACUACUACGUGGUUUAAAGACGGCUGCCAUGGAUAUAAGCCUCAGCUAUAUCCAAAUGUGACCGAGUUACAGAUAAACGAAGGAGAAUCUCUGAACAUUACAUGCAUAAGCUAUGGCUAUGUUAAUUUCUAUUUUCCCACCAACAAUUCAUGGGGUAGAACAACCUCUCAACCCGAUGUUGUACCAGAAGGCAGGAGCACCAACAAGACAUUUAUAAGAUCAUCAGCUGUUUUCGGAGACACUGGCUGGUAUUGUUGCGCUGAUGAAAGCAAACAAAUAACAAACUUGACAGACAAAAAUUACAACGAUCCAAAAGUUACUUGGAUGUAUGUUUAUGUUAAAUCCAAUAGACACCGAUUUGUGCAUGCACAUAAGAAAGGGCAUUAUUUACUGGCUUCUGGAUGUGAUAAAUACAUAAUUUUUCCUUGCCAGACGACUUCUCCUGAAUUUAAAGUUAUUUUAAAAAAAAAUGGAAACGUAGUUAAACAUGACGAAAAGACUAUUUUUGAUCCAAAAAUUGGUUAUAUCAUCAAGGAAAGAAUAAUUCCAUACGUUAGUGUAUUUACUUGCUCAGUGGAGCAGAAAAAUUUGUCAUACACAAUUAAUUUGCGAGUUCGAGAAUUUGUACUUUAUGCCUGUAUGAGAUUGCCGGAAAUAAUCAUGGAUGGUCCAAAAGACAUUGCGGAAGGCUCGACAUUAAGUGUUAAGUGUACAUUCAGAGUGAAAAGAGAAGCCACUUACAACAUUUUUUGGAAUAUUCCGCAGAACACGACUUCUAGGAUAAUUUCAAACACUAUUCGAGAAAAUGUUAAUCAGUUCUACAUAGAAGAUGUAAUAAUGUCUGAGCUUAUUAUUGACAAUGUUACAUUCGAAAAUACCGGGAAUUACAUAUGCCAAAUAGAAUCAUCGUAUAAUGAAACAAAAAGUACUAAAGUACAUAUUUGUGUAUAUGAUUCUAACCAUCCCUACAUUAGUCUGACAUCUGUUGAGAGAAAAGUAUCCAGAUUAUAUGGUGAAUCUGUAACUUUCUUGGCUAAUGUCUCUGCAUGUCGACAACCUUUUUUACAGUGGGUAGAUAAUUAUGGUGUCAUCCCUGAUGUUUUAGAAUAUUCUGGGAGCUUGAUAUCAACAUUCUGCUACCAAACAACGUGUAGCUUACGCAUAGAUAAUAUUUCCAUUGUCAAUGAUGGGAUUUAUACUCUCACAGCUGAAAACAUUGUGGGAAAAAAGAACAUAACGUUUCAUCUUCAAGUUGUUGAUAAGCCAGGCGUAAGGUUUGAUCAAAGUUAUUUAAAAAAAUACUACAGCUACAAUGAGACUGCGACGUUUGUUUGCCUUCUCAAAAGUCGCUUGGAAUAUAAUGUAUCGUGGAGUUAUAUCAGUCACCCGACAGAGUCUACACAUGUUGAUGAAUCAUCUAAACUACAGGAUACCAAGGCCGAUGAACAAAGCAACAGUGCUGAAAAUAAGUCAAUGGUUACGUUAAGACCUCAAGCAGAGUCAACAAUAAAAUGCAUGGCUUGCAAUAGUUAUGGAUGUAACGAUGUAAAAUAUGAUAUUCAUAUCACAGGUCAAAAUAUUUCUUUAGUAUGUACUGCUGUCAUUCGUGAAUUUUUUGCAGUAGCAUGGUAUGAUGAUAGAAGACAUAAAGUUGUAGAUUCUGUAAAAAUUCACGUCACGUUCAGAAAAACUAAGUACACUCACCGUGCCAUCUUGUCGAUUAAUAAUUUAAGUCGUUUUGAUGAAAGGGAUUAUUACUGUUUAUUUAGAGAUGCAUACGACUCAAAUUAUAUCGAUAAAUAUUCUCUUAAGAUUAACGUUCCAGCUUACUUAGUUCAUGGAAAUAUAAAUAACAUUGCCAUAACACGAUAUGCAAUAGAUCCAGAGAAUCCUGUCUAUUUAUCAUGUCAUUUCGAAGGAAUUCCAGCACCUAAUAUCACGUGGUUUAAAGACGGUACAUCUUUAUCGUCAUCGAAGCAGUUUAGUUUAGAGGAUGGAAAUCAAAAGUUAAUUAUACGAUAUCUUUUGGAACGUGAUGGUGGUGACUAUUCAUGUGUUGCAGAGAAUGGCUUUUGGCCAGUAAAAAAAUCUCAAACAAUUAUUGUCAAAGGAAAUCGAGAAUUUUACUUGGUGAUUGCGAUGAUAGUGUGGUUUAUAACAAUUCUUAUUUCUCUUUUAAUGUACUUUUAUUUGAAAACUCAACAUGCGAAGUUUAAAGAAAAACAACUAUUAAAAGCUGGCGAUACGCAUUUUAAAGAAGGAGCAGUUGAUUUAAUAAACCCAGAGUUAACCAUAGACGAACAAGCAGAACUUCUUCCUUACGAUAUUAGAUGGGAGUUUCCUAUUGAGAAGUUAAGAUUAGGAAGUGGGGCUUUUGGAGUUGUGUAUAAAGCAGAGGCCUAUAGGAUUCUCCCUAACGAGUCGGUUACAACGGUAGCUGUGAAAACUAUUCGCAAAAAUGCAGACUUAAUGUAUAUCAGUGCAAUGGCAGAGGAUCUUAAAAUAAUGGUUUAUUUAGGACAACACUUAAAUGUUAUAAAUCUUCUAGGCGCUUGCACCAAAAAUAUAGCCAAACGUAAUAAUUUGCGAAUAACUGUUCAAAAUAUUGGUAUAAAUAAAAAGCGUGACCCUAUUAGUCCCUUAGGACUCAAGCAGAUACAUGAAAUCGCAACAAGACACGAGAUCUAUGAAAGUUUAUUUACCGCCUUGUCUGACAGCAGUCCAAACGAUAAGCACACCAUUCACUAUUCAGAAACUUCGAAAUUCAGCGGCCUGAUUGAAUCCAGUGAUGAUUUGAUGAAAGAAAGGCAAGUGCUGCACUGUGAUUUGGCUGCAAGAAAUAUACUGUUAGCAGAGAAAAACAUCGUCAAGAUCUGCGAUUUCGGUUUAGCCAAGACAUUGUACAAAGACGAAGACUAUAAGAAGCAAUGCGAUGGGAAGUUACCUAUAAGGUGGAUGGCCAUUGAGUCCAUCAGAGACGGGGUAUUUUUAACUAUGUCGGAUGUGUGGUCAUUUGGUGUAGUACUCUGGGAAUUUUUCUCUCUUGCACAAAUACCAUAUUAA